AUGAGCGAAAAUAUCAUCCUCGUCACAGGCGGUGCCGGCUAUAUCGGCUCGCAUACCGUCCUCGAGCUCGUGCAAUCCGGCCACAAGGUCGUUGUCGUGGACAACCUUGAUAACUCGUCCGAGGAGUCGCUCAUCCGCGUCGGCAACAUCACUCGGAGUGGAACAUCCUCAUCCUCCGCAACUUUAACCCGUGCGGCGCCCACGCUUCCGGUCAGAUCGGGGAGGAUCCCACUGGCAUCCCCAACAAUCUCAUGCCCUACGUCGCUUAGGUCGCCGUCGGUCGCAGGGAGCAUCUCACCGUCUUUGGCAUGGACUAUCCCACCCCCGAUGGUACUGGUGUUCGCGACUAUAUCCACGUUGUCGAUCUGGCCAAGGGACAUGUCGCCGCGCUUGAUAAAAUCCCGCAGAAGCCUGGUUGCGUUUCAGUCAACCUGGGCACGGGUAAGGGUUUCUCUGUCCUGGACAUGCUCAAGGGCAUGUCGAAGGCCUGUGGAAGGGAGCUCCAGCACAAGGAAGCUCCUCGGAGAGAGGGAGAUGUCUCCAUUUUGUAUGCAGAUCCCAAGUUUGCUAGAGAAUUUCUCGGAUGGGAAGCCAAACUUGGGGUCGAGGAGACGUGCGCCGAUACCUGGCGUUGGCAAUCAGGAAAUCCCAACGGCUAUGGUAAGGCUGACUAGCGUUCGCCACUUUCUGCAAAUAGGCGCAGAUCGCGGACUGUAG